CCUUCAUCGUCAUUUGUCCCCCUGCCCGCGAUCCCCCACCUCCCUUGUCGUCAUAUUUCUACCCCUCCCUCACUAUUCCUAUCCUCACAAUCGAUCACGAGCCUCCCACAACAUGUCCCCAUCCGACAUUUCCCACCGCCGCUACGCUCGCUGCCGCUACGAGCGCGGUAGCAGCAGAUGCAGCUGCCUCCAACUCUCAUUCCCCGAUCCGUGCCCCGUCCCUGUGGCGUCGAGCGCGGCGUCGCCUUUCGGCUCGAGCGCCUCCACUCCCCAACCCCUCUCUCCUGCGCCUGCCCCCGUGCUCGAACUUGGAUCACAAUCAGGCAUGCCGUUAGGCGACUCGAGAAGCGAGCCGGGCGUGGCCAUUCUUGGCCCAGCCCCAGUGACGCCAGAGACGCCGAGUGACGCCGAGGCUUAGUGACCUCUUCGCAUGCUUCGGCACUUCAACGUAGUAUACCUUACUCAGACGGUUGUCACAUUAUUUUUCCGCAGAAGAAAUGUGUUUCUGUUGUUGUAUGUUUAUGCAGCGGUGCUAGCCGCCCUUCAUCAUUCCA